AACCAUCUAGCGCUUGCACGGCUUGAAACUGAUGCCAUCGGGCUGCGGCCGCUUUCGCAAACGCUGUCUACAGUGUCUCACUCACAGUCACCACGGUCGGGACCAGCAAAAACCCCAUCACAAACAGUAUCGAGAAAUUGGCUGCCAGAGAUGUCACGGAGCGCUAAAGCAUACAAUCGAUUCAUUCAUAAUGCACCAGAAGGAAGAAAAUGGCGUGCAAAGCAGGGUUUUCACCCAAAAGUAAAAGCCCUGUUUAUGUCCAAGAGUCAGGAAACGACCUCGUUGUGGCAGGACAGAACUUGGCUGCUCUUACGCUUUCAUCCCUGCAGGAGUUAGGUCUGCAGAGGUCAUUCGCAUAUUUUACCGUGUUUAUCUUUCUUUCUUACUGCCACGUGCUCCGGAAGAAGGGCUUUUCUCACCAAGAAGUCGAUGACCUCGUCAAAAUUGUCACACCCUUAAGAGAGCGUGAUCGGAACCAGCUGUUGGACACAAUCCCAUGGAUUCAUCGGCUAAUUGUUCGGCUUGUUCGCAGUGGCUGGGCACUUCAACGAGCGUCGGAGCUAUUCUUUAUAAAUGCUCUAUCCACUACUGACCUCUUUCACAUUCGAAGUGAUGGAAAUUUCCAAUCUAUUCUCGAACACUUUUCUAAGGACAUCUUCGUCAAUUAUAGUUACGAGAAUUGCUUGAGUCCUAGCUAUACUAUUCCGGGACUCAUUGCUUCGUACCUAGACUGGGCUAAAGCUUGUCGAACUAUACAGUACUUUGGGUUACGAUUUGCCAGAUCUACCAUCAUCGAUAGAAGGAAUCCAUAUUGUUUAUCCGUGCCUAAAUUGUGUCGAACCUUUGGACGUUGCGGAUGUAGCACAUUUUGAGAACGUAACAUACGAUUCUUUUCAUGCAGCUACUAACCAGGGCCGCACUGAUAGUAGCGGAAGAACAAACGUGCAGAAUCUCGAUAGGU